GAUCAAAAUGAACCGCUGGUUUGUGACGGCAACGUAAAUUUGCCCGGAUACUGCUGUUUAAGCUGCAAUUUCACGCUAACGUUGGUUGUUUAUAUGAUAAAGGCAGAUGUUACCCAUAAUCUCAAAAUGGUCAAUACAUCUGUCACAUUGCGGAAGUGUGGUUCGUCAACUAUAAGGAAAACUGUUGAUUUUCGUAUUGGAGUGCUAGAACCAAUUCCAGACAUACUGGUGUCUACCAUAUACUACGUACCCAACCUAGUUGGCAAGCAUGAAAAAGCGUUCUACAAUCGGACAAUAAACUUUUGCACCUACUUACGGAAUCCUUUUACCGAUCGGGUACUGAAGAUCAUCUACGAACAUUUAGAUCAGCGUGGAAAUCUUCCCAAGCGAUGCCCUGUAGCUACGGGAACGUACACCUUUAAAACGUGCUUCGACGGUAUCCAGGUGCCGAGCUUUUUUCCCGAAAGUAGCUUUCGCGUUGACGUAUACUUCCGUCGACCCAACAGCGCACCGUUCUUUCAGAGCAGUUGGUUUGGCGAGAUGCGCAAAGAAUCCAGAAUAUAG